AUGACAACGAGCUCGGCUUCUUCUCUCGCGUUAACACCAGCUGCUUUAAGCAGCGCUAGAAGUACUGAAGCGAGUGUUUGUUGGACACCGCCGGCAUCCGUGGAAGGGUCGACGCCGACAUGGACCGAGGGUACACCGAGUUUUACAGAGUCCAGUAGUAGCGAACAAGGCUACCCAGUUACUCCCGGCCGUGGGAACACCCCAAACGAUGGCCGCCGUUCCCCGCGCCCCGCGCCCCCUCCGCGAGCGACACCCAUCAACUGCCUCACGACCGAAGUGGUUGAAAUCUCGCAUUUGACAUCUGAAACGUCACAUAUAACAAUUUCAAGUUAUGAUGUCCAUCAAGUUGAAGAAAAGUUUAGUUAA